AUGACCGUCUCCACCACCAUCACCACCCCCAUCACCGUUGGGCGCCUCCCACUCAAGAACCGUCUCGUGCUGGCGCCACUGACGCGCCUCCGCAACUCGGCCGAAGGCGUGCCCCAGGCUCAUGCCCCAACGUACUAUGCCCAGCGCGCCACUGACGGUGGUCUCGAGAUCACCGAGGCCGCGUUCAUCGCCCAGGAGGCGGGCGGCCUCCCCGGCGCGCCCGGUAUCUACUCCAAGGAGCAGAUCGCCGGUUGGAAGAAGGUGACCGACGCCGUGCACGCAAAGGGCGGUUACAUCUUCGUGCAGCUCUGGGCGCUUGGCCGCACCGCCAGCCCCGACCAUGUCACCGUGUACGGCCCCUCCGACGAUGUCUACACCCACGGCGGCGGCAACGUCGAGGUCAAGGCGCUCUCCGAGGCCGACAUUGACCGCUACGUCGGCGAGUACCGCCAGGCGGCUCUCAACGCCGUCGAGGCUGGCUUUGACGGUGUCGAGGUCCACGGUGCCAACGGCUACUUCCUCCAGUCGGUCUCCAACCACCGCACUGACCAGUACGGUGGCAGCCUGGAGAACCGUAUCCGUUUCCCUCUGCGCGUUGUCAAUGCCGUAGCCGACGCUAUUGGUGCCGACCGCGUCGGCCUUCGCACCUCGCCCUUCAGCACGUUCCAGGGCAUGCGCGAGGCCGACCCUCUGGCUACGUUCAAGCCGUGGAUCAGCGCCGUGCUUGCCGCCCAGCCCAAGCUCGCAUACAUCCACGCCGUCGAGGAGCGCAUUGCCGGUAACGUUGACGUGGCUCCCACUGAGGACGGGUCGGCGUCUAUUGAGCCCCUCCGUGACAUCGUGAACGCGUCGCCCCACACCGAGUUUAUCGCUGCCGGUGGCUUCACACCCGAGUUGGCGACGCAGCUCCUCGCCCAGCGCGGCGGCCUGGUCGCGUUUGGCCGCCACUACAUUGCCAACCCCGACCUCCUGGCGCGCAUUGUGAACAAGGUCGACCUCAACCCAUACGACCGCAAGACUUUCUACGGUGGUUCCGAGACUGGUUACACCGACUACCCCGCCUACGCGCAGGAGGCCUAG